GCCAUGUUUCCAAACAGUUUUUACAAGAUGAAGAACUUCGCCGAUCCCAAAACGCUGUUUAAAAGCUGCACCAGUAAAAAGGAUUUGCCCUCUCAGUCUCCCCAAAAGUUGCCGCUCAAGCUGCAGUUUCUCAAACCGGUGCAGUUCCUCAAUCAGCUGAAAUUACUCAAUCCUCAGUUCAAUCCGCAAAGACCCAAGCCAACAAGAAUGCGCCGAAGAAGACCAAUCCACCAGAGCCGUUCGGGAUUUUUCCGACCACCAAUCAAGGCGCCAUGUUUUCAAACAGUUUUUACAAGAUGAAGAACUUCGCCAACCCAAAAACGAUGUUUAAGAGCUGCACCAGCAAAGAGGAUUGUCCCACGCAGUCUCCUCAAAAAGUAGCAGCUGCUCCAGUUGCAGUUCCUCAAGCCGCUGCACUUCCCCCCCAAUCUGCUGAAAUUAUUCAACAGUCAGUUCAAUCCACAAAGACUCAAACUGCCAAGAAUGCGCUAAAGAAGACGACGACACCACAAGAGCCCCCCAAGCAGGGGAAAAAUAAAGCCAAGAAGGGUAAAAAGAAUCAGAAGAAUAUGCCGCGUACUUCUAGUCAGACGAGCACGAGCAGUAUAGGUCAAAUAGAUGCAAAGAAGAAUCAAGUUAAGAAUGGAAAGUCGAAAGAUAAGGAAUUCCCAGAUAAAGAGAAGGCACACCACGAGCAAGAGAAGUUGCAGGAAAAACUGAAGGCUAUUGAGAAGGAGAAGUUGCUGGAAAAAAUGAAGGCCCAAGAGAAGGAGAAAAAAUCGCAAGAAAAGAAGUUGUUGUCCGAGAAAAGCGUGGAGAAAAAGAGGCAGGAUAAGAGGACUUCAGAACAAAAGUUGCUCGAGAUGAAGAUCCAGAAUAAGCUAUCGCAGCAGAAGAUUCCAGAUAGCCUGUUGGAGCCACAGCUUUAUCAGAGCACGAUUGCAUUAAUGAAAUCGAUUCCUCGGAAGGCCAACGGUGCAACGGUGCUUAGUUUUCCCGAGCCACUAGACGUUGACCCGCUAAGCGAUAUCAGCGAAGAAAACUCAAUGACCGAGGGUAAGGCGAACGAUCCCCAAGAGUCCGAAGAAAACGAAGAACCCGAGGGGCCGCAACAUCCGCUCAACAGCUGCUGGACUCUGUGGUACCUGGAGAACGAUCGCGCCAAAAGCUGGGAGGACAUGCUUCACGAGGUCACCAGCGUGGAGACCGUAGAGAACUUCUGGAGCCUAGUGAACCACAUCAAGCAACCAUCCGAUCUCAAAAUGGGAAGUGAUUAUUGUCUCUUCAAGAAGGGCAUUCGGCCGAUGUGGGAGGAUGCGGCUAAUGUUCACGGGGGUCGAUGGGUCAUCACAUUAAGUAAAACUACCAAGGCGGAUCUCGACAACUUCUGGAUGGACUCGAUGCUCUGUCUGAUCGGCGAGGCCUGUGAUUACUCGGACGAACUGUGCGGUGCCGUGGUGAAUAUCCGCGGCAAGACGAACAAGAUCUCCAUUUGGACGGCGGACGGGGGAAAUGAAGAGGCGGUCCUCGAAAUUGGGCGCAGAUUGCGAGAGGGCCUGCGCAUGGAAAGUGCCUAUGUGCUGCAGUAUCAAUUGCACAAGGACACAAAGGUCAAGCAGGGAUCAACCGUCAAGUCGAUUUACACCCUUUAGGACCGGACCUCAUGAUGAUCGAGUUUACCCAGCCUCCUAUAACUGAUUAGCGCAGGUCACAUUUUAGUUAUUUUCGGUAUUUUUUCAUCUAAAAACAAUAGCCAUCUAGCAGCUGACCAUCCAAUUGAAUUUUUGCCCAACCAUUACUACCCAUUGUUCAGAAGUCAAUUGGAUGCCAAAUUUCCAGUCAAGUCUUCGUUGUACAUGUUGUACAUGUAAAUUUGAACGUUGCUUUUGCGAAGCUCAGAAAUAUAUACAACAUAAUGAGUGUUUAGCCAUGGCAA